AUGCAGAGGCAGAGCCCUUGGAGAGCCAAGCUCGCGCAAGACAUCCCAGUUUUCCGCAUACAUGCUAAGACAAUCUUAAGUAAGAUCGUCGGUCAAAGGGCUGGAGGACGAUACUUCGUCAGCACGAUCCUACAGUUCCAGAUCCACCGCGCCUUGUGCGAAAGGACGGGCCAGUUCAUCCCUGGUGACCCGUCUCGCCCGCUGCACAAGUGCGACAUCUACCGGAACCCGGAGGCUGGAAGAAUUUUAACACGUAUAAUGCAACGUGGUUCCUCUCUACCUUGGUCUCAACUCCUGCAAGAGACGAUUGGUGAAGGCAGACUUAAUGGCGAUGCAUUGAGGGACUACUUCAGGCCGCUGGAAGACUGGCUGAGAAGCGAGAACCUCAGGACUGGAGAGUACUUGGGCUGGAGUUAUGAUGGGGACUACUGCAAAUUCAGCAUUGAGACUGCUGGUCUUCAAGUUUACGGUGGCUUUUACAACGCUGCCAGCGGCAUGGGGAUGGCCAGUUUCAUCACCCUACUCCUCUCAUCAGCUAUAACUGUUGUUGGAAUACGUUUACGAUGAUACAGUUAUUAUAAAAACGACUCGACGAUCUGAAAACAAAAACAUAACAAUACAUACUUAGUUUUAUUUAUGAAAGUGAAUGAGGGUAGUUUGAAAUGUAACAGUUUUUUAUUCCGUUUUUGAAUUGUAUGAAUACGUACAUAUGUAAUAUUCUUUUACCUAUUUGUAAUUUUAUGUAUUUUGUUACACUCAACGUGCAAUUUUACUAACAACUAUUGUAUGCAAUAUAAUAACAAUUAUA